AUCUUAUAAAUUUUAAAUAAUAUGUGUAUAUACAUAUUCUUUUUCUUUUUUUAUUCUUUUUCUUUUUUUUUAUUGUUUUUUUUUCUUUUUUUCUGUAUAUAAUAACCAGCUUUGCCCUGGUGAAAAUAAAAAUAAAGAAUAUGAGCCUACAAUAUAACAUAAAUAAGAAAAGUGGAAGACUAUUAUUUGGACUUGUACUGAUUACAUUACUUGUCUAUUUUUUACAAUCUAAAAGCUUUUAUAAUAAAGCAACUACCACUACUAUAAUACCCACUACAAUAGAGAAUAAACAACAAGAUGCUAUUACUACUGAAGGAGGAAAAAGGGCGUUUGUUACCUUUUUAUGUGAUGACGUUAUGGGCGAAGCAACAGAAGUCUUAGUUUAUUCAUUAAAGCAAACAAAUACAAAUCACGAUAUUGUAGUUUUAGUUUUAGAUGAUGUAUCUGAAUUAGUUAGGAAAAGAUUAGUGCAUCUAGGCGCAAUAAUAAUUAAUGUAGACCAAGUAAAGUAUCCCUGGGAUUCUAGUUCUGCAAGAAGAAAAGGGUUUAAUAAAGCCUGUAGAUACUCAAAACUUAAUUUAUGGAACUUGACUCAAUAUAAAAAGGUAGUCUUUUUAGACGCAGACACAAUGGUAGUCAAGAAUAUCGAUGAAUUAUUCAAUUAUCCACAAUUUACAGCAGCAGUUGAUAUAGGCGGUGUUCUUAACACAGGCGUCUUUGUAGCAGAGCCUAAUAAAGAGACUUAUCGAAAUAUUAUGAAUACGUAUGAAACUGCCCCAAGUUAUAAUAAGGGUGAUCAAGGCUUUCUUAAUUACUAUUUUAAUCAAUCCGCUAAUCCUUUACCAGGAAAUUACAAUCUGAUGAUUAAAUUUACGCAUUUUUCAACUUUAGCCUCUAGUUUUGUCACAAAAAACACAGUCAAGGUUUUACAUUUUACAAGCGAAACAAAACCUUGGAAUUUCCAUUUUUUGCAUCAACGAGAAUGGAGAGAGAAUUAUGAUGGUUAUUUGUUUGGUCUAUGGACAAGGAUGUUAAGAAAGAUGAAGACUCAAUUGAAUCAAGUAGGACUGUUAGAGACAACAGAUGAGAUGGAUUGGGCCAAUAAAGGUCGUGUCACGGAAAUAUGUGAUCAUCGACUGAAAGCUAAUUAUGGACGUCGUUAUCCAAAGACACAUCAAUUUACAAUUAUCUUGAACAGACAAGAGGAUACAAGCGAUUCAUUAGAUCAAUUUGAGACUAUGUUACGCGAUCUGUCUGCCUCUAAAUAUGUAGCACAGAUUUUUGUGAAUGGUGGUGAUAAAACAAAAGAUCAAAAGGUAGCAUUCAAUACCGCCUAUUUCCGUCGUCUCAAAUUGCAAAAACCAGUGAAAGCAAUCCCUGAAGGUGAUUACAAGUCAGUUAAUAACAAGUUCAACCCUAUUCAAGGAAUCGUAACGGAUGCUGUCUUUAUCAUAGAUAGUAAUACUUUGAUAUCUAUCAAGGACAUUGAGUUUGGUUAUCAAGUUUGGAAAAAAAACAUGGACUCGAUUGUUGGGUUUUCACCCAUCAUGAUCAAUGAUAAUCAAUACAACAUGAUUGAAUCCAAAGCUAUGUUUAUGAAAUCAGAUUACUUGUACAGUUAUACUUGUUUAUUGCCUGAAACAGUGCAUCGUUAUGUCGAUCAAAAUACCGAAUGUGCUGAUACAGCCAUGAAUAUGUUUGUUAGUGGCAUGACUGGUAUCAGUCCUGUCCUUGUCAAGUCGUCCUCUAAUCAUACUCUGCUCAUAAAAAACGCGACACAACAAACAUCAUCAUGUAUUCAAGGUCUUUUAAAGUCAUUUAAUGGUAAAAAUACAUUGAUUUCGAAUAAUCAAAUCAUUUCCCCAUAUACUUGACCAUAAUAAAGCUUUUUUUUUUCUUUAUUAAAAAGAGAGAAAAAAAAAAGA